AUGUAUCCAAAGAACGGACCAGAGGAGGGAGUUCCGGGAAAAAAUCCUCCUCGCGUUAUUCCUCGGUGGUGGUUCGGACGACUAUUCAGACGCCCGCUGUGCAGCGGGGACCAUUCGUAUGUUCAGUUCUUCGAUGGCAUGUUAAACGGGGUGGCACCCCCGGAGCGGUCCAUUCAGGUUGGAUACAGCCUACUGGCUCCCCAUUGGGCAGAGGUUCGCUUGCCCCCUAUCCACAAGGACGUCUACCGCGAACACAUCACGACGGCCCAGCGACCGAUAGAAGAAGUCGAAGCGUACCGGAAGGCCAAUGACAUCAUUGUCACGGGGUGCGGUGUUCCGAAGCCUGUCCUGAGCAUUGACGAAGCUGGCCUCCCUGAACCCGUAACGAAGGCCAUCGAGGCACGCAGCCCAGGCUCGACGCCCAACGUGGUGCAAGCGCAGUGCUGGCCCGUGGCACUUAGCGGUAGAGAUCUUGUCGCCGUCAUCUACGAUGGAUCAAAAGGCAAGCCUCUCGCCUACCUCGUCCCGGCCAUCAUUCACGUAAUGCACCAGCCGGCUGUGUCUAUCUGCUACGGGCCUUUAGUGCUGGUUCUUACAGCCACGCGGGAAGCGGCUCUACAGAUUCGGGAAGUUGCCGAUGCUUUCAUCGCGAGGUCAGGAAUUCGGACGAUAUAUCUCCUACCUGGAGAAACUCGGGAACCGCAACUCAAGCAGCUAGAGCAAGGUGCCCACAUUUGCGUUGCCACGCCAGGCCGUCUCGUGUCUUUCAUGGAGGAGUGCAAGAUAAACCUACGCCGCUGCAGUGUCUUGGUGCUGGACGAAGCAGACCAGAUGAUGUCAAUGGGCUUCGAGAAGCAGCUUCGCACCAUUGCCGAUGACACCCGUGCUGACCGCCAGACCCUCGUGUGGCUUUCCUCACGCACGAAGGACGUGAACCAACUAAUAGAAGACUUAACGAGUGACUCCAUAACUGUCACCAUUGGGGUGGCUACCCACGAGGUAGACAACUGUGAGGUGCAGCAUAUUGUUUAUGUUUGCGAGACCGUUGAGAAGGGGGAGAAACUCGUAGCCCUUUUCAAUGAUACCCUUAGCGAGGAAGGUGACAAGGCCAUCGUGUUCGCCGAAAGGAAGCAAAGGGUGGAUGAUCUCGUGUGCAAUCUCCGCCUCCAGGGUUGGCUCGCCGUCGGCAUACACGGGAAGAAGACAGAACAGGAACGUGACUACGCGCUGAAAGCGCUGCGGGUCGGUAGAGUGCCCAUACUAGUGGUAACCGACGUAGCUGCUAGUUCUCUAACAGCACUGAAAGUGCGUUUAGUCGUGAGCUACGACUACCCUAGCAGCGAGGAUGAAUACGCGCGCCGCUUCAUGUUUGCGGCUCGGCCCGGAGAAAGAGGUGUGGUGUGCACGUUCUUAGCACCGGAUGAAACGCGGCGUGCCAAGGAGCUGAUUUCCUUGCUUCGGAAGGCCAAGCAGAAUAUACCGCCGCAGCUUAUUAUUGUAGCAAAGAAACUCCAAGGAGGUAGGCAGCGGAUACUUACUACGUCGUGUGACAGUCCAUGCACGAAGACUCUUGCUGGGUAG